AUCGGGCUGACCGAUAUGACCGAGAACUCGAGAAUCGUUAAAGAUAGUGUGGCGCCCGUGAUCGUCAAGGGUGCGACAGUGAACGGCCACCACACGCAGCUGAACGGUGGCCAUGCGGCACUCGGCAAGGAUGGCAAAAAGGUAGCCGCCCCGUUGCUGGAGGCGGAUCCGCACGCCACGUUCGAGCCACCGGAUGGAGGGACCCGGGCCUGGCUGGUGAUGAUCGGUGCGUUCCUCUGCAACGGUGUCCUGUUCGGGGUGAUCAACACGUACAGCGUCGUGUACCUGAGCCUCCAGAAGCAGCUGCAGGAGAUCGGCGACAAUGAAGCGUCCAGCAAAGCAGCUCUCGUCGGUUCGUUAACGAUUGGUACGACCUUCCUGCUUUCGCCGGUAUCCGGCAUCCUGACGGACAAGAUUGGACUGCGACGGACUACCUUCAUCGGUGGUUUGCUCACGUGCGGCGGUAUGUUUGCGUCGUCCUACUUCACGCACAAUGUGACCGCCCUGUGCUUCACGUACGGUAUCAUGUUCGGGCUGGGAGCUGCCUUAGCGUACACACCUUCGCUCGCAAUCCUUGGCCAUUACUUCAAACGCAACCUGGGGCUGGUGAACGGUGUUGUGACGGCGGGCUCGAGUGUCUUCACCGCCAUCAUGCCCAACUGUUUGAACUAUCUGGUGGAGCACAAGGGACUGGUGACGUCCUUCCGCAUACUGGCCGUCAUCUCGAGCUUCGUGAUAUUUUGUGCCCUGCUGUACAAACCGCUGCAACCACCACCGCCCCCACCGAAGGUGAAGCCGGGCCGAUCAGCCGUCAACACCUUCCUGCGCUCGUUCAUCAACUUCGACAACUGGAAGAAGCGCAAGUACAUCAUCUGGGCCGUAUCGAUCCCGAUCGCACUGUUCGGGUACUUCGUGCCGUACGUCCACAUGGGCAAGUUCGUGCGGGAUAACUUCCCGGAGAAGGGUGAAAAUUUGCCCGUGAUGUGCAUCGGCAUUACGUCCGGCUUGGGUCGACUCCUGUUCGGCUUCAUUGCUGAUAUGCCACGCAUCAACCGGGUGCUACUGCAGCAGAUGUCGUUCGUGAUGAUCGGCACACUGACGAUGUGUUUACCGGCAACCGGUUCGUUCCCGCUUCUGCUAGCCAUCACACUCGCCAUGGGUCUGUUCGACGGGUGUUUCAUCUCGCUGCUGGGCCCGAUCGCGUACGAUAUCUGUGGGCCGCGCGGUGCCACGCAAGCGAUCGGGUUUCUGCUCGGUAUGUGCUCACUGCCACUGACGCUGGGACCGCCCGUCGCCGGUAUGCUGUACGAUCAGACGGGAUCGUACCAGCUGCCAUUUAUUCUCGCCGGUAUUCCACCACUGUUCGGUGCCAGCACCAUGUUCCUUAUCCGAUGCGUCAAGGAUGACGAUCCAAAGCAGCAAACGAUGGGAACGACGGAACCGAAGCUGGAACCGCUGGCACAUGCAGCCUGGGACUGUGAAAAUCCAACCGAUGGCAAACCACUGAACGGACUGCUGCAUCCCGAGCGCCGUGCAACGCUUGCCAGUUCAGAAUCACUUACAGCGGAAAAGAAUGAAACGGGUUAGGCGCGGGUGAAAUGAGUGUUUGGUUGUGUAGUGCGUUGCGAUCAGGCAACAGGUCUGAUCCGAUUCCGCGUGCAAGUAAGGACUGCCGCACACGCAAAUGAAACACGAUCGGGUACGCUAGGCUAAUGGGGGGUGUGAACAAGUGAACAGACCCCCGAUCACUCCAUACCUAGCGAUGGUCCAAUGCUAGGUGCGUGUUUCGUCGUUUUACGUGUAGAUAGUUUGUGACUAGAUAGUGAAGCCAGACAGAAUAAACAAAAAAACAAAACUACGGUGAACAUUAAUGCCCCACUGUGGGGCGCAAAAGAAUAAAAUCAUACCCACACUCACGCGUAAACAAAUAAAUAGUCUCAAACCAGCCAAAGUGGGUUGGGGACGGCAUAGCCGGACACUGUAUCGUGAAAAAAGGCCGCAUUUCUUGAAGAGAAUACACACUGUCCAGGUACAGAGAUACGCUUUUGUACAAUAUUUAUGUUCUAGUAAAUAGGAUGUUAUUCUUUAAACAGGAAGAGAGGUGUUUUUUUGUUGUUUUAUAGGGAAUAGAGAGAAGCUAAACUAGUUGCAAUGACGCUGCAGCACGAUAGGCCGUUGCAGAAGAGAUGAAAAUAAAACAAAACAGAAUCUUAAG